GCCCGCCUUGUGCAAGGCUGGUUGUGCUGCAUCACGCUGAGUCUGUCCCCAGGAAGCUCACGCCCAGAUUCCAGGCCCGGGCAGGGCAGGCGGGGCCGCAGCUGAGCGGGUGUCCAGCACUCCUUCCCUGCAGCCGCCGGGCACGGCGGGCAUGGGGAGCCAGGCGGGUGAGGGGCCGGGAGGCUGCAGCAUCCACUCCGCCGGCAUCCCCGCGGUGCACAGCGUCCCCAUGAGCGUCCUCAUCCGGCCCCUGCCGCCCGUGCUGGACCCGGGCAAGGUGCAGAGCCUGAUGCGAACCAUCCAGGAGGACCCCGACAAGGUGCCCCCCAUCGACGUCCUCUGGAUCACAGGCAGGCAGGGUGGGGACUACUUUUACUCCUUUGGGGGCUGCCACCGCCACGCCGCCUACCAGCAGCUGGGUAGGGAGACCAUCCCCGCCAAAAUCGUCCGCUCCACCCUCCGCGACCUCCGCACCUACCUCGGCUCCUCCACCCCCGAGCUGCAGUAGGGCCCUUGGACCCCCCCGCCGCGGGCACUGACAGCCGGACCUGCCGUGCGCCACCAGCCCUGGCGAUGCCUUGUGCCCCCGCCUGCCUGGCUGAGGCCACAAAGAGGCCGCCCUGCUCGGCCCCCACGAAGGAAGGAGCCUCCAGGGACCAGGCAGUCCGUAACGGGCAGGGGAGAGGGGUGAUGCUUUUUAAUGCCAGGGCUUUGUGUGUCUGUAUAAUAAUAAAGCCAGUCUGGGUUCUG